ACAAAUUGGUGAUAAUCCGAGAAGUCAAGAAACUUGGGAUCGUUAUUACCUCGUGAUUACCAAAUAUAUAUACUUGUUCUAUAUAUAUUGAGAUAUAUAAACGUAUUAAAUUAUUAAAACAUUUAUAUUCCGAGUCUUAUGAUUCUUUUCUUUCUCUCUGAUAGCCGGUGUAUUUUCGGCCUCGAGCCAACUUUAUGUUUUAUAGCGAAGAACGUGCGUCAUUAUUAAAGAAAUAGUCGAGGUCACUGAGAUUCAAACUUAUCGCGUUACACUUUGCCGAUCCGCAGAUUACAGUCAGCAAACCAACGUGACUCAUAAAAGUAUAAAUAUAAAUAUAAAUUGAGUUUUUAAUUUUUAAAAAAAUAUCAUCGUGAAAAAUAAAAUUCCUGAAAUCUCUGAGGUUCGUCAGCUCUGGUGGGGGAGGGUUGCAGUAAAAAUCAUGACGAUAAAUCAAGCGAACCGAUUGCCAGCUGACGUAGAGAAAUAAAUACUUAGAACUAUAGUAGGGAGAUCAGCUGAUAGACACGUGUCAAACUGUCGACAGAUAGUGUCUUUUCCUUGGACUAAAUACUAAAUAUCUUAUUUAUCUCAUUAUUAAAAGAGUUAAAUUUAAUAUAAGUAUUGUAAAUCUGAUUAGACGUCAGUAAAAUGUCGGAGGAUAAUUUACUUCCGUAUUAUGCUGCUGGGAAAAUUGUCAAAGGAUUUGGAAGAGGUUCAAAAGCUCUUGGUAUUCCUACAGCAAAUUUUCCUGAAGAAGUAGUUGCUCAAUUACCGGAAGGAUUUAAUACUGGAAUUUAUUACGGUUGGGCAGCACUUGAGGGUAAAAUUUAUAAAAUGGUUAUGAGUAUAGGGUGGAAUCCAUUCUAUCAGAAUGAAAAAAAAUCAAUGGAGGUUCAUAUCCUACAUAAAUUUUCAAAUGACUUGCAUGGAAAAGAGUUGAAAGUUGUUGUCACCGGUUUUGUACGACCGGAAGCUAAUUUUGAUUCCGUUGAAGCUCUAAUAGCAGCGAUAAACAAUGACAUAAAAAUCGCAGAUGAACGAUUGGAUGAUCCAAAGAUGAUGGAAUUUAAAUCAUCGUCAUUUUUAACAAAUUCCUGAAAUUAAUUACAAUGUGACCUAUAGAUAAUUGUAAUUAA